AUGAUUGUUUUGUUUCAUUUUUCUAAUUUCACAUUGUCUGUUUCUUUUCAUCUCUCCUUCUUAACUUUGUUUCCGUUUCGUCUUUUAUAUUCGUUUCUCCUUUCAUUAUUUCUUCCUUCUCCUCUCCUCCGCCUCUCCUCCCCCCUUUCUUUAACAUCACGUCAUGCCACGUAUUAUUUUUCACUCAUUCUGUUUUUUUCUCCAUUUUUCGCGAUUUCUCUAUUUUUCUCUUUCUCCCUUUUUCUUUUCUUUAUUCUUUCUCUUUUUUUUUAUUUCUCUCUUUUCCUUCUUUCUCGCCUUUUAGUAUUUCUUUCGUUCCUCUUCCUUUCUUCUUUCUUUCCCUUUCUUCCUUCUAACUUUAAAUUAUUUUAUUGUUUCUUUUCUUUUUUUAUUGCUCUUUUUUUUCCUUCUUUUUCUUAUUUUAGUAUUUUUCUCCUUUUCUUCUUACUUUCCAUUUUCUUCCUCCACUUCCUUUCUUCUUUCACUCCUUUUCUUCUUUCUCCUCUUUUCUUUCUCUUCUUUUAUUCUUUCUUCUUCGCUUCUUUAAAUCUUUAUCAACUUUCCUUCUUUCUCAUUUUGUCUUCUUUCCCUUCAUUUCUUUUUGUUCUUCUUUUCUUUCUUCAUUCUUUUCCUUUGAAGUCACCAUCUUCCGUUUUCCUCUCUCUCUCUCUCUCUCUCUCUCUCUCUUUUAUUCGCUUUCGUUCUUACUUCAUUUAUUCUUUCUCUCUUUCCUUUUCCCCCUCACAUUCUCUCUCCCACUAUCUCAUUCUCUCUUUUCCACAUUUUAUCUUCCCGUUGCUCCUAUUUUCUUUUUUUUUUAUCUCAAUCGAUUAUUAUUUAUCUAUGUCGACCUGUUCUGAUGAAUUGAUUUGUCUCUUCAUUAUCUAUCUAUCUAUCUAUCUAUCUAUCUAUCUAUCUAUCUAUAUAAGCCUGUUCAUUUUCUAUCUAUCUGUUUGUCUAUCUCAAUCUCUUUUUGAUAUUUAUGUAAUCGCCUUUGAUAGAUAUUAUUUCUUUCUUUCUUUCUUCUUUCUUUCAUCCUUUCUUUCUUUCUUUUCUUCAAGUUAUUCUUUCCUUGUUUCUUUUCUUUUCUCUUUGAUUCUUUGUUUCCAUCUUUCUUCCUUUCUUUCUUUCUUUCUUUCUUUCUUUCUUUCUUUCUUCUUUCUUUCUUUCUUUCUUUCUACUCUCUGUCUACUCCAUUUGCAGACCCUUUCUCUUUCCUUUUUUUUAUCCUUUAACGUUUUCCAUAUUUUAUUUACAUUCCCCAUUUUUCUCUCGCGCUUUCUUUCUUUCUUUCUUUCUUUCUUUCUUUCUUUAUUUUCCUUCAAUUUCUGUUCUUCUUUGCUUCCAUAUUCUUCGUUUUGCAAAUUUGUUUACCUUUUACUCCUACAACCGACACUCCUUUCUUCUCUUUCGCUUUUCUUCAUCCAACUCUUCUUUUCUUUUUCUUCUGUAGUACAAAAUGUUUUUCUUGUAUUGUUUCGGAAUAAAUUCCUAUCAUUUUUUAAAUGUCUAUAUUCAUAUCUAUUUAUUUAUAUAUAUAUAUAUCUCAUUCUGUUCCUAUCUAUCUAUCUAUCUAUCUAUUUAUCUAUCUAUCUAUCUAUCUAUCUAUCUAUCUAUCACAGUCUGUUCAAUAUCUAUCUAUCUAUCUAUCUAUCACAGAUUGUCCUUAUCUAUCUAUCUAUCUAUCUAUCUAUCUAUCCUUUUUUAAUAUUUAUAUUCAUAUCUAUUUGUCUAUCUAUGUAUCUGUUUGAGUCUAUUACUAUUUAUGUUCAUAUCUAUCUAUUUAUGUAUAUAUCUAUGUCAGUCUGUUCCUAUCUAUCUAUCUAUCUAUCUAUUUCAGUCUAUAUAUAUCUAUAUAUCAUAUUUUUUAAUAUUUAUAUUCAUAUCUAUCUAUCUAUCUAUCUCAUUAUCUAUCUAUCUAUCUAUCUAUCUAUCUAUCUAUCUAUCUAUCUCAGGUCUAUAGAUAUCUAUCUGUCUGUCUAUUUAUCUCAGUCUAUUGAUAUCUAUCUGUCUGCCUGUCUCUUGUUGGUCGUGCGUGGGCGUGAGAGAGAAUAUCUACGUAUACAUCUUAAAUCUCACCCUGAUACUAUUUUUCUCUGUUCAUACCUGUUUAUUUCUUUAUCUAUCUAUCUAUCUAUCUAUCUAUCUAUCUAUCUAUCUAUUUUAUUGCGUGUAUAUCUAUCUAUCUAUCUAUCUAUCUAUCUAUCUAUCUAUCUAUCUAUCUAA